AUGAAGGAAACUGAACACAAGGGGCGAGACAAAUUUGUAUCAGAUGAUGUCUCAGUUUAUGUGAAUUGCAAACCAAAACACAUCUACCCCAGCACGGCCACUAACUGGGCCAAUGACUUGUUUUUAGUAAGGUACCGCUUUCAGUAUGAACACGAAAUGUCUGCCAUUGAAGAUUCAAGCACUUUGAAUACGGAUUGCCUCAAGAAAGUUUUACCUUAUUUAGUAGCAGUUAGAUACUCAAUCUUUCAAUUUGAGCUGAUGACAAUAAAGGAAGACUAUGAGAAGGUAGCACAGGGAGGAGAUCACCUUUCUCGGGAGCUACUAAGAGUCAGUAUACUUUUAAAAAGGCUGGAAGUAACUCUGUCAAUGCUCGAGGAAUUCAGACAACUACCAUCAGUGGAGAAAUUAACAAAAGAUCUUUCUCUCCUGGUGGAGCAUUUAAAAUGCAUAGGUGAGUAUUUUUAAUAGUUAGCAAGAGGUAUUAACAGAACUUUUCCAUUCAGUUUUUAAGGAUUAAUUUCUUAAUAUGCUCCUCUAGAUUCUUAUCUCCUCUGCCAAUUGUGGGAUAAGUUGAAUACUAAGUACCAAGAUAUUGCAGUUUUCUGCCAAGACAUUCGUAAAGCCAUGGAAAGCAUGGGUCUUCCUCGACACAGGUAAAAUAUUUUAGAGUAUAUUUAUAAUACUAAAUAUAACGCAUUAUAACCUAUGCUUUUAUGGCAUUUCUUCAGAUUUUAGAUCUUGUAUACACACAAAAAGGUUUCACAUGUAUUAGGUUACAUUAUUUUUGUAUUAAUUUUGCCUUUUUCUUGUUUUUUAGGCCAGUUGACAUACAGACUUCCGAUGCUGGGCCAGAAGUAUCAAGCCACGAGCAGAUGACCCAAAUAAGAGUGGCUGAGUACUUUAUGAUUAACUAUUUAGAUCUCCAGAGCAGGUUUCAUUAUGGCCCUGGUGACUCAAAAUCCCACAUUGUUGAACAAGUUAUGAGGUCACUAAAUGAAUGUUUAGGGGAUGGUAGGACUAUUGCUGUUUCAUCUGCCACAUUCAUUGAUGAUAAGGGACAGUUUAAAAUGACGGAGCUGAGUAAUGAUGAAUUACAACGAGUGCAGAAUGAAGAGGAGGCAAAAAUUGCGAAGAGAUGCGCGGAACAAAUCAAGAAAAGGUUCCAGGGUAGAAAAUGCAUGGGAACGUCCAUCCACGCAUUCAAUCCAAUCUACGAGCAAUACCAUAAUUUCUUCUUUGACGAAAUGUAUAUGGCAAAGUGUGCAAGUGCCAACUCUGUGUCUGUUCUUAAUAAUUGUGCCGGACAGGCCUACUUCAAGUUUGUGAAGGAGUUUUUCGAUGUUCAUUAUCUGCUUUAUGAUAACGGAUUUGAAGGGAUACGAAAUGGUUGCAUAGCAAAGAAUGGCAAAGCUUGCACCUACCAUUCAUCACUUGAGAAUGCAGACCAAUUAUCAAAUGGCUGAAGUGGCGUACCUCUAAAUCGUGUUCCGCCCCCAGUACCAGAUUACUCUGAAGACGAAUUCCACUAUGUCAAACCUGUGUUCAACACCUCAUCAGGGGAAAAAGAUGACUUUUGCCCAAGAAAGAAGUUGGAAGAACUGAUUCUGUCUUGUGGACAGCCAGAACUAGUCUUGGCUGCAGAUGAUGAUGAUAAUGAUGGAGAUGACGAUUUUAUAGUGCAUUCAGUCGUUGAUAAAAAUGAAACCUUGCAGAAGAUUAUGUCAAAGGUGGAUGACUUUGUCGCUAAGUACACCGGGGAAGAUUUAAGAAACUCUGUAACUAGGGAAAUACGCCGCCGCUAUAAUGCAAAGGUUAAGGCCUUUGUAACUAAGAAAACAAAUGCCAGUGCAAAGGUAGCAGAGAAGGCAAAGACGUACAGUGACUUUGACUGGGAGAGACUUGUGCAGUCAAACGAAUUGAGUAACCUCUACUUAUCCCAGCUUGAUUUGUAUCUUAAAAAGAACUUGAACUUUUCAAAGAAAGAAUGUGAAAAGAAAGGUUUCACAAAAGCAAAGAAAAUUGAAGCGAUUAAGCAGCAUUUUUACUCAAAUAUCAGAAACGAGGCAUCAACUGAUACUACAUAUCAGGCACAAAGAAAUAAAAUUCAUGUUGCCCUGCCGAAUGGUUCAUCAACCAAACUGCUCAGUAAUGUCAUCGACCGAAGUGUCAAAGUUCCACCUUGGGGAGGUGUUUUUGUUAUUCCACUCGGUGGACAAAUUUCGCUCGUGAAUACAUGUCCUAUUGACAAUUUUCUCACUAUUUUUUAUGUCUUAAUAAAACAACACCAACGAUUUGCUCAGCAUCUUUCAACAUCAAUCGAGUCAUAUGCAAGUGUUCUCUACAGGAUAGUUGAAAUGUUUGACAAUGACUGCUUUGCAGAAGGGAAAUGUGAGUGGUUAAAAUUGUUUCCUGGACGAUUUAACUUGGAACAGCCUGGCCAGUUAAAUCUCUGGGGUAACGAAGAUGAACUGUUUGCGUCAAGAAUGAUUUCGACCCUUGAAAGUACGUUCACGAGCACAUGUCCAUCCAAACACUGCCCGUCAAAAGUGAAGCAUGUUUGUUCGCAGGCCAUAAGACUUAGGUAGAGUGGUAUGGUAUAUUUGCAUGCUUCAAUUUAAUAGAAUAUGUAGUAUAACCAUUGAAAUUCGGUCAAAUUGGUAUAGUUUCCUUUGAAGAUGAAAUAAAUAUUCAACCAUAAUUUUCUUUUCCCACUAUAGUAAUCCUGGAAUACCACCUCCAAGCUUCCUUCAAGCAUCCUUAUCAAACUGGAUCAGCACAGAUCUCCAGGCAUCUCGAUGUGGCCAACGAAUGCAGGUAGUACCUUAUGAUGCUGACCAUUUCAUUGGGGCUCAUGUUUGUGAAGAUCCUGUUACAGGCCAGCUUGUGCAAGUAUAA